UUUUUAAACCUCUCCUCUCUCUCUCCAUACUUCAGUGUCGCAUUUGCGCCUCUUUAAAACCCUCUUCUUCCCCUACAUUUCUUUACAAUUUCUCUUUCUAGCAAACCCUAGAUUCCCAUUCCAGAGGCAGUGAAACAAGUGUUUAUAGUGAAAUUCAAAAAAAAAGUAGAGAGAGAGAGAGAAACAAACUAAGCCUGGUUUCUCUCUCGCUAUUCAUUCGAUCCGAUAUUCCGAUUCGUUUUUCAGGAAAAUCAUCUCUCUGCUAUGGCAACGGAGGCUACGCUAGAAGUGUCUGCUCAAGUUGUUGGAAAUGCAUUUGUGCAACAGUACUAUCACAUACUGCAUCACUCGCCGGAGCUUGUUCAUAGGUUUUAUCAGGACAUCAGUAAGCUCGGUCGUCCCGAGGAGGAUGGCUCCAUGGGUAUCGCCACCACUAUGCAAGUAAUCUCUUUCUCCAUCUCUAGAUCCAUAAAUAUGGAGAUGUUAAACAUUUGGUUCAUUUUGGUGGUCAUAAAGGUAAUUCACUUGAAAGAGAUCUUAGUUGGCAAUAAAAUAAAGAAAUGUAUUAUAGCUAUUGUAAGAGACGGGGCUCUUAAAAAUAUAACAAGAUGUGUCAUCAAUUGUAACGAUUUGGCCUCUGUGUCAUCAAUUGUUUUGAGUACGAUUCUUGGGAGGCACGAUAGAAGGUUGCAUGGAGUAAGAUGUAUUGCUCAUCGUAAUGCCUACACAAUAAUUUUUCAGGUGAUGGAUCUGAAAGAGAGUGCAUCAACUUUCUCACCUCCUCCCCCUGGUCCUCAGAAAGCUCCAUCAAAGAUCAUUGAGCAAGUAAAUCCACCUUUAGUUCCAACGACUGUUGGACCAAUUUCCAGUUCAGAUGCAAUUGAUAUUGGGAAUAACCAAGAGGGUGAAGCCGAUGGUCAUUCGAUAUAUAUAAAAGGCCUACCUAUGAAUGCUACUGAAUCCUUGCUUGAGGAUGUAUUCAAAGAUUUUGGACCCAUAAAAAGUGAUGGCAUUCAAGUUAGAAGCAACAGAGCAUUUUGUUUUGGUUUUGUUGAAUUUGAGGACGCGAGUUCUGCCAAGAAAGCAAUUGAGGCUUCUCCAGUUGCAAUUGGUGGGCGUCGGGUGGUGGUCGAGGAAAAGAGGUCUACCAAUUCUCGAGGAAGUAACAGGGGGAGGUUCCAAUCUGGGAGGGGUUCUGGAUUCAGAAAUGAGGGAGUGAGAGGGCGUGGAAACUAUGGAGGGGGCCGGGGUUACAGCCGUGGUGAUUUCAUUGCUAGGAAUGAGUCCAACAGGGGUGGUAAUCGAGGAGGAUCAUCAAAUCGUGGUGAUGGAUAUCACAGAUCUGACAGUAUUAACGGUAACGGUGGUCGCAUGAACCGAACAGGUGGAAUGACCAAUGGGACUAAUAAAAAUAUGACACCUCGAGUGUCCUUAACUGCUUGAGGCACCAUUGUGUAUCCAUCUGCUAUAGUCAUUUCAGUAGGCUUUCUUUCGAGUUGUAGUGAUUUUAUUGGUUCAAUAUCUUUUGGGGUGACAUUUUCAUUGUUGGUAAAUUUCUCAUCGGGUUUCUCACUAAUUGCUUUUACAGUUUUCCCAUUUUCGGGUAUAGUUGGUCAGUAUAUGAGAUGGAAGUAAGUUUUGUUUUGCAGUACACCAGUCAACGGACAUUUUGGGUUAUUUUUGUAGUUGAUGAAUUGUCUUUUAGGCCUGUUUUAAUUUUGAUACUAGUGGGUAAUUUUUUUUAA